AGGCAGUGGCCCUCGGCCUGGCAGCGCCCACCUUCAUGGGCGCGACGGCGGCCGUCGCCGGGGAGCCGCCCAGCGUCGGGGACCACUGGUAUUGGGACCUCGGCGUCGGCUCCCUCCACGGCGAGACCGCGUCCAUCAUCCUGUUGGUACGCGCCAGCGACUGGGCUGCAACCGAAAGCGGGGAGGAAUGUACAGGAUGGGGGACGAUGGUGGUGAUCAUAUUAAUGAUGAGGCUUUACGAUGGACCGCGCGCACAUCACAAGUGCCAUACGUUGACCAAUACUCAAUGGGGUCAUUACCGAGGUCCUGGCGAGCAAUCGAGACCCCGAAGGUUUCCCGUGGAUGACCAUAGGCACGCCACGGCAACCACGUCGACCGCCGACCCAUAUCUUUGAACGCAUCCAGCCGCGCGACGAGUUAGGC